AUGUUGGGCGUGCGACGUACGGUUACCGUCCGUAACGCGGUUACAGCGGUGGCCAGUGCGGCGAUGGUGCAGCUGACGGCCCCCACGGUAGCCUUGUUUCUUUCUGCGCGCUGCGGCGGCAGCCAGCCAACCGCGUCCACGAGCGGGAAGCCAGACGUCGCAGAAGCAGCGUCGACCUCGACAUCGUCGGCGACAGCGCCAGCAGCGGUGCGGGACGAUCGCGACAAGUCUCACGGGAGUCCGCUGUAUCUCCCCUUCAUGGGCGCGUCGUCACGCUUCACCUUCGCCUCACCCGUCUCGGCGUUGGCGGACGUCACUACGUUAGAGAGCGAGAGCUUAACUCAUUCUCCACCUCAACGCCUCAGUGACCACUUUUGUAUUUACCUGGUGAAGCUGCUUCGGUGGGUUGCGGACAAACUUUUUCGCGAGCGUUACCUUCACCGUGCCACGAUGCUGAAGGUCCUUGCUCCAGCCCCGCCCCUGGCUGGUGCGAUGGUCAACUACCUUCGAAUGAUGCUAAAAAAAGAGGACGUGUCGUACGUUCCAGGGAAAGGAGACUUCGCAACGGAGACACGUGGGCUUUUGGCGCAGGCGGAGUCGCAUGCGAGUCAUGUCCAAAUUCUUAUGCUGAUGACCGAGAUUACAUACGUAGAACGUGCUGUGGCAGUGUUUUUACAGGCGGCGCAUUUCACUGUUUUUGCCGUUCUUUUCUUGCUGUCCCCGCGCGUGGCGUUUCGACUGAUGGGGUACCUUGGCGAGGAGUCUGUGGUGAUUUGGACCCACAUGAUUAACGACAUCGACCUUGGGAAGGUUAGUGAACGGAAUGUGCCACAGGCGGCCAUUGAAUAUUGGGGGCUGCACCAGUUAACGCGUGCAAAGGCUUCCACGGCGGCUGCUACAAAGCCCAAUGGUCCUGAAGAGCGUGAUCAGGACGCCACGGCGGAAAGGCAGCAGCAUUCGUUGGAUGCAUCGGAGGAGGAACUUACAUUGCGUGAUAUAAUCCUGUUGUUGCGCUCAGACGAAAUGGUGUGGCGCGAGGCGUGUCACCAAGUGGCAAACGCCAUGGAGCUGAGGCGUAAAAAGUCCUUUUUGUCUUCCUUUUUAUCGUAA